CCGAGACCGCGGAUGUGUUGUGUGUAGCUAGUCGUUGUUUAACAUAACACUCAAGAGAUUAUUUUUCUAUUUCAGCAACUAAUGCCUAAAAUACCACAAGUACGAAGAUGAUGGACUCAUGCAUACGAGAUAAGGAUGACAAACGAGAAAAGGUAGACACUGACGUUUCCAAGAGAGAGAUCUCCUCAGAAUUCAGCACCCAAUCGGACUCAAAGGAGAAUUCUAGCCUUGAAGAGAGGGAACAUCUCAAGGUCUAUCUCCGCAUUCGACCUUUUACCUCCACAGAGAAUAAUAAUGGAGAGUCACAGGACUGUAUUACCAUCGAACCGCCUGACACUGUUAUUUUAAAGCCUCCAAAAUCCUCACUGUCAUCCAGACUCAGCACAGACAAAACACUUGCACAGACUGGGCAGCGCUUCCAGUUCUCCCAGGUGUAUGGUGCAGAGACAACACAGAGACAGUUGUUUGAGGGCACAGUGAGGGAUUUGGUGAAAGAUGUUCUUGAAGGUGGAAACUCUCUAGCUUUUACUUACGGAGUCAGCAAUGCUGGAAAAACCUUCACAUUCUUAGGACCAGAUACAGAUGCAGGCCUCCUACCCAGGUCUCUUGACGUUAUUUUCAGCAGCGUAGAGAGUCGAGUUUUCACUGGUACGAGCAUCAAACCUCACCGGUGUCGAGAGUUCACCAGACUGAACAGAGAGCAACAGGUUGAGGAGGCUGCUUUCAAGAAAAACCUGUUCAGACAACUAAAAGAGAGUGAGAGGACCAACAUCAGUCUGUUAAACUCAACCAGUCAGAGUCUCUAUGAAGACUCUCCCACACUGGAGACAACUGUAGCAGCAGAUGACAGAAUCAGCCUGGAGAUGGAAACACUCAUCAAGUUCUCUAUUUGGGUUUCCUUCUGUGAAAUUUACAAUGAGAAUAUUCAUGACCUUUUGGAGAUGAUGCCCAGUGGGGCCCUCAGGAGGACAGCCCUGCGUCUAUCCCAAGAUGUCAAAGGCAACACGUUUGUCAAAGAUCUGCGUUGGGUUCAGGUGAACAGUGCAGAGGAGGCCUUCAAAGUGAUGAAGCUGGGCAAGAGGAACCAGACCUUCUCAUCCACCAAACUCAACCAGCUCUCCAGUAGAAGUCACAGCAUUUUUUCCAUUCGGAUUUUGAAGAUAGAAGAUGUUGAGACUCCAAGAGUUCACACAAUCAGCGAGCUCUGUCUCUGUGACUUGGCUGGGUCCGAGCGAUGUGCAAAGACCCAGAAUAAAGGUGAACGUCUGAAAGAAGCAGGAAACAUCAACACUUCUCUGCUUAUUCUGGGGAAAUGCAUCAACGCUCUGCGUCACAAUCAGCAGGCCAAGCUGCUCCAGCAUAUUCCCUUCCGGGAAAGCAAGCUGACCCACUACCUGCAGGGUUUCUUCUGUGGACGAGGAAAAGCCUGUAUGAUCGUCAAUAUCAGUCAGUGUGCCUCCAUGUUUGAUGAGACCCUUAAUGUUCUCAAGUUCUCUGCUGUGGCACAGAAGGUCGUCAUCCUGACCUCUAGGAUCCUUCCCGUAAUGCCCAAGCGUUCCUCCAAUGAAGUCUCCUUUAUCAUCGACAAAACUGAGAGGAACGUUCUUCAGGGGAGCAGGAGGACCAGCUUACAUAGCUGGGAGAGUAGCCUGGAGGAUGUACAGGAGGAUGUGGAUGAUGAGUAUGAAGAAGAAAUAAACCUGAAUGAAGACACCAUGCAUCACAGUGGUAAUGAAGAAAGCGGCAACGAAAAUGAGGAUCAAGUCCUCAUUGGUAAAAGGACAUACCAGGGUCAGAUGGCGCUUUUGACUCAGUUGGAAGCUCAGCUUAAGAGGGAGCGAGCAGAGAACCUGGUCAUGGAGGCUCGAAUCAGAGACGAAAUCAGUAGAGAGUUCUCCGAGCUCUUCUCUGAAAUGGAAAAUGAUUUCAAUGACCGUUUGGCGAGGGAAAGGGAAAUCUUGGAGGAACGAGCAGAAAGGAGACUGGAGAUCUUCAAGAACCUCAUUGACAAUAUGGCCACAGCCAGACCCAGUCAGGACACACAGGCUGGGCAGGACAAAUCUCUGGACUCACUUUCAUCUGAAUUGGCAGGCAUAAAGGGCGCUCAUAAAUGUCUGAUCUUAGGCCAAGCAACAGCUCAGGGAGACAGAACCAACGCUAUUGAGGAGCUGGAAAGGAAAGUGAAUGGACAGCAGACUCUUAAAAACCCUGGUGAAUCCAGUAAAGAAGAGGAAGAAAGGAGUAGUAUUAUUCAGCUUCAUGAAAAGUCUUCAGAGGUGCCAGACAUACAGGGAGCAACAGAGCUGGGUUCACAGACCUCUUUCUCAGCUGCCCAAAUCCCGGGUUUACGUGACACUGAGAGGCUCCAGGAGGCUCUCGCAGCUACUGAAAAAGAGAAAAUAGCCAGAGAAGAAGUCCUUGCAGCUUUGGAGUAUCAGAAAGUAAGAAAAGAAGAGGCAAUGGCAUCUUUAGAGGAGGAGAGGAAAGCAAAGGAAGAAGCGGUCUGCACACUCAGAGAGCUGAGGAAAAGCCGUGAGGAGGUUCUUGCGUUGCUCCAGGAAGAAAAGAGAGGCAAAGAGAAAGCUCUGGCUGCCUUGGAUGCUGAGAUAGGAGUCAAACAUGACACCAUGGCAGCCAUUGUUGAAGAGAAACGAAGUAGAGAGGAAGUACUUGCUGCAAUGGUUGAGGAAAAGAACAAGGAAGCUCAGUCUCCUCUGGAGCAAAACAGAGAGACGAUCAAGUUGAUUGAACAUGGAGCAAACAGGCUCCAAGAGUGUGAAACAUUGCAACAGGAAGUCAGAGAGCUCACAGCCAAACUGGAGGCCUCAGAAAGCAAGGUGACCAGUGAGACAAGAAGAGGUGAGCAAGCUGUGCUCCAACUGCAAGCUGUACAGAAACGACUGGUUGAACUGUCCAAAUCGAUCCAGGGCAAAACUACCCAGAUCCAAAACCUAACUCAAGAAGUUCAAGGCCUGAAACAGGAGCUGCAGAAUUUAACAUCAUCUGAUGGCAUUGGGGAUCUUAAAGAUGAAGUGUGUGAGCUAAGAAUGAAGCUAGUUGAAGAAAAGGCACAAAAUGAGAACAAGGACCGACAAGUCCUGCAGCUGCAGCAUGAGUUAGCACAGAGAAAAAAACAGCAGUUGAUCUCAGACAAGCAGCUGGUACAACUUGCUGACAAACUUAAUCAGCAAGAAGCAGCCUCAAAACAGCAAGUUGCUGUGCUGAGAAAGAAGCUUCAGGAGCAAGAGGAGAUGGCACAGCUCCCUCUGGAUGAGCUCAGAGCCAGACUGGAAAGUCAAGAACAGACUUCACAAGAGGAUAUAGACCAGCUGAAAGUGAAGGUUGAAGAACAAAAGCAGGCCUCGAAAAAGCGAGAACAAGAGGCAACUUCGCAAGAGCAGUUGGAGACAUUAAAGCACAAAGUCGGUGAACGAAAAGCAGCUUCAGAUGAAGUCCUUGGCGACCUAAAGCAAAAGAUAAGAGAACAGGAGCAAAAUGCAGAGCUGCUACAGGUCGAACUAAAGAAAGCUAGCAUCAAGCAUUCACAUAGCUCCUCUAACACUGCUGUUGUCGGUAACUCUGAAGCCCGUGUGGCUGAAACUGACCGAGCCUCCACACAAGCCAAUAGAAUUACAGAGGUGGAGGAGUCACUCAAACAGAAAGAUAGACAGAUUGAGGAGAAGCUCACAGAGUUGCAGAGAAAUCUGUCAGAAAAGGAGUCUCAGGUGGUGUCCCUGCAGAAAAGCCUGCAGCAGGCGCAGGAGCAGCGGGAUGAAGAGGAGAGCCAGGCGGUACAGGAGGCCCGGCGGAGGGAAGCUGAGAGGCGGAGGGAGCUGCUCGCUGUGGCACAUGAGGCCAUCGCUCAGAAGGAUGCCGAGCUGGAGAAGAAAGCUGAGGAGAUCAGCAGACUUAAAGAAAAUGUCCAGCAAGGCUCUGAAAAAGUGAAGAGUUUGAGCUUCGACCUUCAGAGGAAGGAGGAUGAUGCCUCAGAACUCCGAGAGAAAUUGGCUGACUACAAGAAGCAGAUCCAGCAGGUUCAGAAGGAGAUUUCAUCCAUGAGGGAGGAGGAGAAGGGCUUAAAGCAGAAACUGUCUGAUGUGGAGAAAUCUAAAAAGCAGCUUCAGUCUGACCUUGCCAACAGAGACCGCACCAUUCACCAACUCAAAGUGGAACUCUCCUCUGAUGGCAGAUCUGAGCAGACACUUCAGCUCUAUCAGCAAGCCCGUAAAGAUGUAGAAGCCAAACAACGUGUGCUGGAGGACAUGCGUUUGGCUCUAACAGAGCAAGAGGAGACACAGGAGCAAAUGGAGCAGGUCCUGGAGGAGAGGCUGAACCUCAUUGAGGAACUCACCAGUGAGUUAGACAAAGUGAAAGGGGUUUUAUUCCAUCAAGGUCCUGAAAAUGACACACAGCAGCAAGAAGACAGCCGCACAGAUAAGCUAAAAGUAGCCAAAGAGGAAGCGGCCCGAGCCCAGGAAAGCCUGAAGUUAUGUACAGAGAAACACCAAACAGAACGUAGGAAGUGGCUGGAGGAGAAGCUUUCUCUGAUUGGUCAGGCUAAAGAGGCAGAGGACAAGAGGAACCAAGAAAUGAGGAAGUUUGCUGAAGACAGAGAACGCUACAACCAACAGCAGAGCCAACUGGAGUUGUUGUCAUCGCAGCUGGAGGAGAAGGAUCAGACCAUGGAGAAGUGGAGGAAAGACAGAGACACUCUGGUCGCAGCGCUGGAGGUCCAGCUGCAGAAGCUUCUCAGCAGCCAUGCAGAAAAAGAUCAAGUCAUACAACAACUGCAACAAAACAGCAAGCAGCCACCACAGGAGUGUGGCGGUGGUGGUGUCAGUAUGGCAGAGCUGCAGACUACUCUGUGUGACAAGGUAGCAGAAAUCCAAAGAUUGAAGGAAGCACUGAAGGCCUCUACAGACAAACACAGCCAGGACAGGAGACAGACUAAAAGUAAUGAGAGUUCUGUGCUUGAGGGUGAGAAACCUGAAAAUGAAACGAGUAUCUGCAAGACUGGAGGGAGGAGGGAUACCACAGCAUCAGUUAUUAGUCAGAGCUCAACUGGCUGUCCAUCAGUGCUGGACUCCUCUGAGAUCUCUACAGAAAAUGGCAGGACCAGUCGCUUCCCCAGACCAGAGCUGGAGAUCUCCUUCAGCCCUCUGCAGCCCAACCGCAUGGCUCUGCGCCGCCAGGGAGAGGAGAAUGCGGUCACCGUCAAAAUCACCCGCUCGGCACGCAAACGGAAGAGCACCGAAAUGGAAAAGGAAGAGGUGGAGGCAGAGAACAGAAGGAACUCAAGGGCCAAAGUAACGCCCAAGCUGACCCCACACCAGGAGGAGAUCUCCACCUCAGCCAGUCGUCAUGACUCCCAGAGCAGUAUCCACAGCAGGAAAGAAGGAACGCUGCAGAAGAUUGGGGACUUCCUGCAGAGUUCCCCCACACUGUUUGGCACCAAAGCCAAGAAGAUGAUGAGUCUGGUGAGCAGCAGGGGUGACGCAGACCCCACAGCCUCAUCUUCCUCACUUCGUCUCAGAGCCAAGAAGAAGAAACUAUACAGGCCUGAAAUCUCCUCGCCCAUGGACAUGCCCCCACAUCCAAUUAUCACCAGAGAACCAGAUGAGAAGGAGAGUGACCAUCAAAUCAUCAAGAGGUGCCUUCGCUCCAGGAUCAUCAAAUAGUUAGUGCUGGUCUAGUGCUCUACAUAAUAGCUGUUAUCAGACAUGAAGGAAGCAUUUAGCUGCUAACAGUUAACACAAGCAUGUCCUCUUUAACCCUAUCUAAUCACAAUUUACCAAUAUUUAAUGGUUCAUAUAGUUGAGAACGGUCACAUAUUCAGAUGAUCACACAGAUGUAGGUAGCUGCUUAAGGAGUUCUUCAAUAUUUUGGACUUUUUGUUACAAGAAGUUAAAGAAGUUGGGGCAUGUUUUUUAAUCAAAAUAUUGAACUGUUCCUCUAAUUCGGCAGAAAAUAACUGUUUAAUUUAGGCUGAUGGGUAGUGCUAAUUUUUGUUAUUCAUAUUAUGUUUAUAUCCACUCAUAUAAUAAGCACUCUACAUUGUGUUUGUUUUUUUAUGCACAUAUCCUUUAAAGUGGAGUCUCUAUGCUGAAACUCACAGGCUCUGCUGUAGUUUGUAGUGAACACUAAACUGACAAUUUCCAUCAAAGCUGCUACUCAGAGUAUUACAAAUGUCUUAAGCUGGGGUUUUUGUACUGUAAAGCAGACAUCCAUAUUACCUGCACUUUAUGCCAUUUUUGAAAAAAAAAAAAAGUGUAAGAAAUUGAACAAAAACAUUUGUGUGUACUGAGGCUGUAGAAGUACAGGCCCAACACCUGUCUGUAGUGUGGAGUAAACAUAAAGAGAGCAGUGCCCAGUAAAACUCACUAUCUUCUGUUUCAGAGACAGAGCUUCAUGUAUUGGAUCUUUGUUUUGUACAAUACAUUAAAUUUUGGUCAAAGUUCUGUUUGUUACCUGGUUUAUUACAUUUUUUUUUUUUUUAAAUGAAC